AUGACUGAUGAGAUGUUCAUCGCCGACGACAGAGCUGGGCUUGCCGGUCAGAAGUUGCGGAGCGAAGGGUGGCUUAGAACCGGAACAGAGUCUAGGUCUAUCCUUGUGGAGACCGAUGGAUCUUCCUCAGCGAGUCUUGAGGUUAUGGUGAACGUUUCCGAUGGAUGUUUGAAGAUUCCAAUUGAAGGUAAACGUAAGUUUAAGAUCACUGUUCAAGAAAUGCUUGAUGAUGAUGAUGAAGACCUGGAACAAGUGCAAAAAGAUCCGUUUUCGGAUCGGGUGCUUAUCGAAUCGAUUCUAGGCCGAUCCGACGGCGGAUAUAGACUUGCCGGACAGAACGUCCGGAUCGGCGGGUGGGUAAAAACGGGAAGGUUACAAAGAAAAGGGAAAUUAGCUUUUCUUGAGGUGAACGAUGGAUCGUGCAGCGUAGCGAAUCUUCAGGUUUUGGUAGAGAGUUGUGUAUCAUCACCAUCAGAUCUCUCCGAGUUGAUUCGGACGGGAACUAGUGUCCACGUUGAUGGACGUUUGAAGAUUCCACCGGUAGGUAAAGACAGGAAUCAGAAGAUAGAGCUUGAUGUUAAGAAAGUGAUUCAUGUCGGAACGGUGGAUCCGGAUAAGUACCCGCUUCCUAAGACAAAGCUGACUCCAGAGUAUCUGAGUGAUUUUUCUCAUCUUCGUCCAAGAACCAACUUGAACGCAUCGGUUACAAAAAUCCGACAUGGGACUGCUGAUAAGACCCACUGA